UCUGUAAAUACCGGGUGAAGCAGUGGGACAUGCUCAGUACGCUGCUGCCUCUCAGCGUACACAGCAGCACUAUUAAAUCAUCGGAUUUGGCACAUAAACCCCUCUUUCCUUUAAACACAAUCGACGUUAUUUUCAGCAACAACAGUAUUAGUUUGGGAUAUUUCAUCCCGGUCGUCUGUUACAGCCCCAAAGCUCGGAGCUGUCUCAUCUCCGCCGGAUCACCUUUACAAAGAGGACGAUUUCGUCCCCCAGCGAGGAAACAUGAGCUUUCUCUUUGGAAACCGUUCAUCCAAAACAUUCAAGCCCAAGAAGAACAUCCCAGAGGGUUCGCAUCAGUACGAGCUGUUGAAACAUGCAGAGGCAACGCUGGGGAGUGGAAACCUGCGCAUGGCAGUCAUGUUACCUGAGGGUGAAGAUUUAAACGAGUGGGUCGCUGUCAACACUGUGGAUUUCUUUAACCAGAUUAAUAUGCUGUAUGGCACCAUCACAGACUUUUGUACAGAGGAAAGCUGUCCUGUCAUGUCUGCUGGUCCUAAGUACGAGUACCAUUGGGCCGAUGGAACCAACAUCAAGAAACCCAUUAAAUGCUCUGCCCCCAAGUACAUUGAUUACCUCAUGACCUGGGUGCAAGACCAGCUCGAUGACGAAACACUUUUCCCUUCAAAGAUUGGCGUCCCCUUCAAGCGUAAUUUCAUGUCUGUGGCAAAGACCAUUUUGAAACGUCUCUUCAGGGUCUAUGCUCACAUCUAUCACCAGCACUUUGACUCUGUCAUGCAGCCAGAAGAGGCCCACCUAAACACAUCAUUCAAACACUUCAUCUUUUUUGUUCAGGAGUUCAACCUCAUUGACAGGAAAGAGCUGGUCCCACUACAGGAGCUGAUCGAGAAACUGACAACCAAGGAUAGAUAAACAGCAUUGUAACUCUUAAUUUUGUCAUUGUUCUAGUUUUUGCACAGAUACCCACCCCACCCUGGCUGUAAUGUAUGCAGUAUAUAGUAUAUUUCCAUUUGGGAAAAUGUUUUUUAAUAAUGCCAGGAAGAAGAGGGUUUUAUUAGGUUCAAGGCACCAGGACUAAUUUUAUCAGGGAUUACAGAGUUAAUUGUUAAAACCACAGGUUAUCAUUAGAAUAAAAGAUCUAGCUGUAUAGAAAAACAAUCCCCAAGUAUUCAGAUAUGACUGACAUUUAGAAUAAGGGUAAACUUUUUUUUUUUUUUCCAUUAGUUUUCUAUUAGACUGCACAGAUUUUUAAGGGGUGUUUUCAUGCCUGCCUAUCCAGAGGAAAAGAUCAUCGAAGCCAGUGUGACAGUAGUAUCUAGUAAUUUUAGUCAAUAAAGAAGGGUUUGGUUUUGGUUUGCUACUGUGAUAGCUCUCACUCGUCAAUACAAACGAACCCUAAGUGCCUGGCAUGGCUCACGAUUGCCCUAUAUCAGCAGUUAAAACUGUCAGAAGACGAAGGCCAUACACUACUGACAUGACUGAAGCAGCAUCAAACUUCCACUACACCUCCCUUCAAGUCUUUUCAAUCCCUUUUAUUCUCUAAUAGUACUAUAAAUUGGUUAAAAUAACUUGCUGUAAAGCCCCUUGUCUAUAUUUCGUUAGGUAUUCUCUGCAGGUUACGAUAAACAAAUGUGUAGAAAACACACAGAGAUGAGGUUAGAACAUAGUAACGUUGUGGCAGGGACUAAUGAUGGACUUUUGGCAUUAUCUAGUGACAUUCUUGUGUGCUAACCCCCCCCAAAAAAAAAACAUUUCUUAAAUAAUUAAACAUUAGUAGAAGCAAAUUUUAGGAAAGGUUUGUAAGGGAUCUAGAAAUCUAAACUGUACAUAUCUUCUGUUACACGUGGAUUUGUUUGAACGCCACUGUUUAAAAAGAUACAUGAAUUUUGAAUCUGAUAAAACUGCUUCUUAUUUCAAUAGCCAUUAAGCACUUUGAACAAUUUUCUCAACCUCCCUUUGCCUGAAUUUUCUUCUGCAUAGGCUGUGCUUUGUGAAAAGCUGUCAUGUGACCGAUGAUUUGUUUCCUCCCUCGUAUUUCUCCAAAUGAAUGUCGAAUGGCUUAACCUCCUCUGAAAUUAGCCAAGAGUCACAAGUGAGGUUUUCUUAUGCUUUUUUUAUAAUAUGGUUUGAAUUGUUUGCGGCUGUGCUUCAGACAGAAGAUGCAUGCACCCGUCCCCCAACGUCAAAAGUGUAGUUUACUAUGCAAUUAUUGACACGACACUAAAAGGGUUAUCGGUUGGCUCU